GUAAACAACGCCAACACAGCGUGGAUUGAUUUAUCUUUCCAAGUUUGAUAAGUAAGGCCGAAAGCCCAUUGGGCUUUGCUGUGUUAUACCCAAUUUGAGGAAAAAUUAGAAAAGUUUUUAGUAUAAAAAGAUUGGUCAUUUGCAACUAUAUCAAAUGGUAAAAAUAAUUCAAGAAUGUUUAAGUGGGACUACACUGCAUUGUCAUUAGCCUAUAAUAGCACUUACUCAUGUUGAAAAUUUCAAUUAUAGUCACACCAUCAGCUUCUAAUCUGAUAGCUCAAUUGUAAUAAAAUUUGUUUAUGCAUCUGAGUAGUGAGCAUGAGCAGCAGUUGGAGUUUUGUCCGAGUAGUUUCCUAACACAAGAAUGAUCUUUCUACCACAACCAAGAAAAUACUUGAGAAAAAACAGAAAACUUUUAAGAUAAAAAGGUUAAAGCACCAAUCGUUUUUCAAUAUUCCUCUAACUUUUAUGGGAUUCUCAUUACUCUCCCUAUGGAGGGAGGAAUUUGAAGCCCCUUUUUUAUCUUCUCUCCUUUCCUCAUUUCUUCUUCCCUCUAUUGUUGCAAGAACCAACCAAGUAUCUCAAACAGGAAAUAUAAGGUAACAAGAAUGAAUGAUUUUGCUCCUCUGAUGAUCGCCACCGCACUUUUUGCAUUCUUGUCCCCUGGAUUAGUGUUGCAGCUUCCAGGAAAGACAAAGGCAGUGGAGUUUCUUAACAUGAAGACAAGUGUGCCUGCCGUGGUGUUUCAUACUGUUAUUUAUGGUUUGCUUCUUGUGCUCUUCCUCAUCGUGCUCAAUGUACAUGUAUAUGUGUAGGAUCCAAAAAAUUGAGCCUGCUUCGUGUGAAAGAUGCAUGCAAUUUUUCUCCAA